UCUCCCAUUUCUCACUAUGCCGUACUGUGUUUCCUAUCAUGAUUUUUCAGCUUGGUUGUGGUCAUGGACUUCCUGGUAUCUUUGCUUGCCUUGAGGGUGCAGCUGCCAUUCAUUUCCAGGACUUCAAUGCGGAGGUCCUGCAGUGUCUCACUAUACCUAAUGUAAAUUCAAAUGUUCCAAGCUUCCAACGCCCAGCACUGCAAGUUACAAAGUGUGAUGCGGGGACGGAAAUUCAUUUUUUUGCUGGCGACUGGCGUGAAAUCCAUAAGCUUCUUCCCUAUGCACAAAACAUUGAGAAGGAUCUUAAUGUUAGUACAGGGAAAGGUCUAGAUGCUCAGUAUGAUAUUAUUUUAAUGGCAGAGACAGUUUACUCAAUCUCUGCUCUCCCACAUCUCUGUGAACUCAUAAAGAAGUGCAUAACUCCUUCUCAUGGCUGCCAAGAAGCAUUAUUUUGGAGUCGGUGGGGGAACUCGAAGGUUCCUAUCUAUUGUGGAGAAAUAUGGCAUUUUGGAGGUCUUAAAGAUGUGACUGUUGUCAAAUAA